AUGUCAUCAAAUCCGCCACGAUUCUUCCCAGUGGACACUAUCAACAGGACAAAUCCUUCUCUCCAUUUCAAGGUUCAAGGUUUUGGAGCGUUUGGAGUAGGCUAUCAAGGACUAGCUCUCGGUGGUGGAUAUGGCGGAGGCUAUGGUGGAUAUGGAGGAGGUCUAGGUGGAUAUGGAGGAGGUCUGAGUGGAUAUGGAGGAGGUCUGAGUGGAUAUGGAGGAGGUCUGAGUGGAUACGGAGGAGGUCUGAGUGGAUAUGGAGGAGGUCUCGGUGGAUUAGGAGGUGGUUUAGGAUUUGGAGGUGGAUACGCUGUUCCCGUGAAAGGAGGAUUCGGUGGCAGCUAUGGCGGUGUCUUUGGUGGAGGAUAUGGUAAUUUCCUAAACUCUCUGUCGUAUUUCUAUGUCUGCAAGCUCUGA